AUGGAUUUCCAGCAGAACGAUCUGACGACCAGUGGUCAGAUACCUCCAAUGGCUACAUUCAAUACGAUGAACAACCCGAAUACUGCCUUUCCCAAUUCGGAAUAUACCGAAGCACCCGGUAUUCCGUUCAAUGGAGGACUGGGUCAAAAUUCUUACAACAAUAUGGCACCUCCACUUCUGCCACCGGCCACACAAAUGUCUGCUAGCUCUUCUUGGGGUCAAUAUUCAGCUGACAGUGUCUACACGAGUACACCUUAUUCUCAACCACACCGUUCUCAUAGCUCUGUGUCGCAAUCUUCUGGGAAGCGCUCUCGGGCUGUUCACUUCAAUGACAAUGAUAUUGAGUCUAAUAGGCGAUCGUCUGAGGGGCAUUCUGAAGGAGAUGAAUAUUACCAGAACGACAAUGAUGACAGCAGUGUUCUCUAUGAUGAUUAUGAAAGGAGUACGAACAACGACGAUACUGAAUCCGAAGAGGGCCAAGCUAGUCGCAAUCGAUCUUCACGCAAAGACGACGUGUCGUGCCCACCUCUUUUUACAUCCGCUACCUUCGAAGGUUUGUCCAAAGACUUUGAAUCUGGUGCUCGUCCUCGCCCAAAAACACAACAACGUGUCGAUAGCCCUAGUGCGACAACUGCCUCAAUUGCAGAAAGUAGUGACCUUCCACUCUUAGAUUCUCGAUGGAGUGGAGGCGUUCUACAUAACACCUAUGGUAUCCAAGGCAACGAUCGUCGUGAUACGAAUAAAGCACCAGAGUUCAUCAAUGAGGACGAUGUCACCGACGAAUGGCUCGAAAAGCGAGGAAAACAACGGAGCGCGCCUCAAGGGUCAGGAAGAAAGAUACCGAAACGAACUUGUGGUGCCAAUGACCCCGAAAACAUCGCGAUUGUCAACUUGCGCGAGCAGAACGAUAUGUCUUUUCAAGAGAUUACCAAAGUUAUGAACGAACGUCGGACAAAGAAGGGAAGGGAUCCACGGCUUACCAGUACUGGCGUCGCUAAUCGCUACAACCGUACGGCACCUCUACUUUUUGCUGCUAUUGGCAUGAAAUUCGUUCCGUUGAGUCAGAGAAAGAAAGGAUAUCAAUAUUCUGAGAUUCAUUGGACACCGGAGAUGAAUAAGACUCUUUUGCGUGCUGUGAAAAGCGUAGAAGCUUCGAAAUGGGAUCAAGUUGCCGAAACGUUCAAUGCUGAGACGGGAUUGAAGAUGGAUGCCGCUACAAUUGCCGCGAAGUUUAUUACGUUUUGA